AUGGCCGCCCUCCGUACCAAGCUCGAAACCUGGUACAACAAGGGCGUCAACUUCAAUGUUGAGGCCCUCUUCACCAGAUCAAGGGAACCCGGGCCCCCUCGUUCCGUAUUUGUCCACCAGCCCUUGCCAGACGACUACCGUGACCAGAAGGGCAGGGUCAAGAAACAAUAUGUAUUCUCCUCUAAUCAAGUCAUCACCUCCAAAUACACUAUCAUCACCUUCGUUCCUCGUAACCUCCUCGAGCAGUUCAGGCGCAUAGCGAACAUAUUCUUCCUCGCCAUCGCCAUCCUCCAGUUCUUCCCCAUCUUUCCCACCGUCUCCCCUGGCCUUGCCAUCCUCCCCCUGCUACUCGUCCUCGCCAUCACAGCUCUCAAAGACGGCUACGAAGACUUCAAACGGCAUCAGGCUGAUCACCACAUCAACCGCUCCCGUUCUCGUGUGCUCAAUGGCGGGACUUGGUCCAAUACCAAUCCUAUGGAGAGCAAGAGUAAGACGUUUAUCCCCGCUAUCAUUCCCGCUUUCCAGGCUUUCAAAAAGAGGACGAAGAAGACCACCGAUGUAGAGGCCCUCGAACUUCAGCGUGGGGCUCCCCCAGAGGGACUCAUGCAAUCAGCCAGGGAAGAGGACCAUCAGGUAGGCGUAGACGACAGCAUCGAGUUCGACGAGGAGGACCAUGACGCCGGUCUCUUCCGCACAAUCACUGGCAAAUCUCACAAUCAUCACGAACAGCCCCAUUGGAAGAAAACUGCCUGGGAGGACAUUGCCGUUGGUGACUUCGUCAAAAUCACGGACAAUGAGUCGUUUCCUGCAGACAUUCUCAUUUGUGCUACGUCUGAGGAAGAGAACGUUGCGUAUGUCGAGACCAAGAAUCUCGACGGCGAGACAAGUCUCAAGUCCCGCACCGCCUCGCCCGUCUUGACCCAUCUGCGUUCCGCUGCUGCUUGCGCUGAUCCCAUCAACAACUUUCGUGUCGAUUGCGACAGACCAGACACCAAUCUGUACAAACUCAAUGCCGCCAUAGAAAUGGAAAAGGGGUCCAAGACCCCUGUAGAUUCGCAAAUGAUUCUCCUCAGGGGUUCUGUGCUCAGAAACACUCGCUGGGUUAUUGGUCUCGUUCUCUUUACUGGUCAUGACACGAAAAUUGUGCUCAACUCUGGAGGUGCGCCCAGUAAGCGGAGCAAGGUCGAACGCCAAAUGAAUCCCCAAGUGUUUAUCAACUUGCUUAUUUUGGCGGUCAUGGCGACUGUGUGCGGGAUCGUGGAUGCUGUGCUCGAGCAGCGCUUUUUCCCGCGCAAUGCCCCUUGGCUCUUUGCAGAUAACCAGUCAGACAACAAUCCGCACGUGAACGGAGUAAUCACUUUUGCAUUUGCAUUGAUCACAUUUCAGAACAUUGUCCCAAUUUCUCUAUAUAUAUCGAUAGAAGCCGUACGGACAUGUCAGGCUCUAUUUAUUUAUUUUGAUCACGAGAUGGUCUAUCAGAAGACCCAAACGCCGACACUCGCCAGGAGUUGGAAUCUUUCGGACGACUUGGGCCAAAUCGAGUAUAUUUUCUCUGACAAGACUGGGACUCUGACGCAGAACGCCAUGGUGUUCAGACAGUGUUCGGUGGGAGGCAAGGCAUAUCGAGGCGACCUUGUUGACGAGGCCACAUCCACCAAGAUUGCGCUUCCUGAGGGACGCGAUGGGGCGACCCAGACGCCAUCACCUGUGCUCAUGGAUGGGAAGAAGACACCCACGUCCUCCUCUUCCGAGGAUAUCCCCGACCCGCUCGCUGCCAGCGUCGUGGGCCUUGCCGAGGGCGUGCUCACGCAUUUCCAGGAUUCCGGACUCAGCAAUGACAUCAUGGCUGCCAUGUCCGCACGUUCCGACCCGGACGCCUCGCAUCAUGCUCGCUUAAUUAACGGGUUCUUCGCCGCCCUCGCCCUCUGCCAUACGGCGCUUGUCUCCGUUGAUCCAACUACAGGCGCGAUCACGUACAAAGCGCAGAGUCCCGACGAGGCGGCGCUCGUUCAGGCCGCGGCCGAUGUCGGCUUCGUCUUCCGCGGCCGCGACAAGGAGAUUCUCACCCUGCAGACCCCGUUCGCAGACGAGUACGAGAAAUACGAAUUGCUGAACAUCCUGGAAUUCAACUCGUCCCGCAAGCGCAUGAGCGUCAUUGUGCGGAAACUCGACGAAGAGGAGGGGGACAGGUUGUUCUUACUGACCAAGGGCGCAGACAAUGUCAUUUUCGAGCGGCUCGUACCCGGCAAUGAGGAACUGAGGAAGACGACGGAGCGUCACCUCGAUGAGUUUGCGAGCGAAGGACUCCGGACGCUGACCGUGGCGUACAAGGUCAUCUCAGAGGAAGAAUACGAUGCAUGGAACCGCAAAUAUCAAGAGGCGUCUGUCUCUCUUGAAGACCGUGAGGGCAAGGUGGAGGCCGUAUACGAGGUAAUCGAGGGCGAUCUCCACUUGCUUGGCGCCACUGCCAUCGAAGAUCGGCUCCAGGACGGGGUGCCUGAGACCAUUGCUGACUUGAAGGUGGCGGGCAUCAAGAUCUGGGUUGCCACCGGAGACAAGGUGGAGACUGCGAUUGCUAUCGGUCACAGCACAAAUCUUAUCGGACGCGAGGAUAACGUCAUCGUUAUCCGCGGUGGGCAGGACGGCAGCAGGGACGUGUACACUCAGAUGAUAACGGCAGUCCAAGAUUUCUUCCCGGACAGUGGUAUACUGGAAGAGGACGGCGUUUUCGACAGGCAGCUGCCUUCGCAGCGCCCGCGUCCCGUACCCCUGCAUAGAGUCAACAGCGGAUUCACAGAUUUCCAACAUGGCGAUGGCGAGAAUCUGGGGGGCUACGUUCUGGUCGUCGACGGCAGUGCUCUUACGGUGGCGCUAAGCGAUGAACGCAACAAGCGCCUGCUGCUGCAAUUGUCCAUGCAGUGCGAGGGCGUGAUUUGUUGUCGUGUAUCGCCGCUGCAGAAGGCUCUCAUCGUCAAGCUCGUCAAGGAUGGACUGGGUUGUAUUACAUUGGCAAUUGGCGACGGUGCGAACGAUGUCAGUAUGAUCCAGGCGGCCGAUGUGGGCGUUGGCAUUUCCGGCGAGGAGGGCUUGCAGGCGGCGAACUCCUCGGACUAUGCAAUUGCUCAGUUCCGCUUUUUGAAGAGGUUGUUGCUGGUUCAUGGUCACUGGUCGUAUGCGCGCAACGGCAGCAUGAUUGUCAAUUUCUUCUACAAGAACAUCAUCUGUAUCGGUGUGCUGUGGUGGUUCCAAAUCUAUUGCGCUUGGAGCAGUCAAUAUGUGUUUGAGUACACAUAUCUCCUCUGGUGGAACACAUUCUUCACAAUCGCCCCUGUGAUUGCAAUUGGUCUGUUUGAUCGCCAUGUCGACGAUCAUGUACUGAUGGCAUUGCCGGAGCUGUACAGGCACAGUCGGAAAGGCGAAUACUAUGGGACCAAGCUGUUCUUCAUCUACAUGAUGGACGGCGUCGUUCAGUCUGCACUGAUUUUCUUCCUAAUCUUCUACACUUAUGAGACGACGACUUCCCGCACGGAUGGAUUUGCUGUCUAUCAAUACGAAUUUGCGACGACGAUGGCUAUCGCUGCUGUGACAGCUGCUAACUUGUUCAACGGCCUCGCCACCGCUGCGUGGACGGGCUGGGUUUUCUUUGCCGUCGCCCUGGGUAUCGUGUUGGUUUGGGGCUAUACGGCUGUAUACUCCGCCAUUACUCCGGGUUGGUUUGCGACGCCCGUUUAUGGCAAUGACCAUUACCUCUGGCCCUCGGCAUACUUCUGGUUCUGUAUCUUCCUAACUGUGAUCCUGGCACUUCUUCCGCGUUAUCUGUGCAAGGCCUAUAAGCUGGCCUUUGACACUAGCGACGUCGACCGAGUGCGAUGGAAACACAAGCUUGAUUCACAUCACGACUUUUCGCAGUACAGGGCUGAUCGUCAGCUCAAAAAGUCACCUCUCUCGCGCCGGUCUAGCUCCCGUCCACCGUACAAUUUGCUCGCUGGGAGCCACACCGACAUGUCGACUGGCUUGCGAUCACAAGGCCGCGGGUUCGACUUUGCGACAGAGGAGAACGGUGUGGCGCUACAGCGGAUGCAGACGAAUCUGUCCGAACGACCAGCUCGACCACGAUUCUCUCUUCGUAGGAAGAACCGAAACGGCCCGCUGCUGCCGUCAUUCUCUCUACCGCGGUCAUUGCGGAGAAAGAAGGCGAAUCGCGGGGCGCAGCCAGUGCCUGAAUCGCCAGAAUCAUCAUAG